AUGGUGCUCUCCGGAAUGCAGCGUGCUGUGCGUUGGCACCCCCCGGCAUACGAUAUUCGGGUAGAGGAUGUCCCCAUACCUCAGAUCGUUGAACCUGAUGAUGCUAUCUUGGCCGGUUUGUGUGGAAGCGAUCUUCACAUCUAUAGGGGACAUGAGGAUGUUCACGACGUUUUAGUCUGCGGACAUGAGAUGGUCGGAGAGGUUGUUGCGCUGGGCUCUAAUUUUCAUCCUAAGGCAGCUGGCAGACCCCCAUUGUAUUCUACUCUGAAACUCGGUGACAAAGUGGUAUCGCCAUUCACCAUUUCAUGUGGCGAGUGCCACUUUUGUCGUAUUGGCUUCACUUGUCGCUGCGUCCACUCUUGUCUUUUUGGCAUUCCAACUCUGCCUGGAGGACAAGCUCAGUAUGCGCGGAUACCGAAAGCUGGGGGGACACUCUUCAGCAUCAGCGCCCUGCCUAUUUCAUCACCCAACAAUGCCGAUCUCUCGCAGCUUGCAGAUUGCUCUCUGCUUUUACUUGCGGAUAUCCUGCCGACAGGUGUAUUUGCCGCUCUCCAAGCGCUGCAGCAUCCGAAAUUAUCCCCUAUGUUGACCAGGUCCGCAUAUCCCUCGAGUGGUUUUAUUCCGGAGAGCUUGAUCGUUGGAGCGGGUUCAGAGUCUGCGGCGCUGCAGCACAAAGAUCGUCAGUUGACACUGGCUAUCGUUGGAUUGGGGCCUGUUGGAGUGUGUGCGGCUGUGAGUCUUUUGGACAUGCUCGCUGGCCUCGAAUCGAAAGAAGGGAUCAAUUAUCGUGUGGUUGCGAUAGACCCUGUUGAGUCCAGAAGGAAGAAGAUGGAGGCCAUCUACACAAUCAUAAGCAAAAAGGAAACAAGCUCAAGCCGGAAGUUUUCAGUAUCGUCAAUUGAAGACGGCAAGAGGAUUAUUGGCGACUGGACAGACGAUGUGGGAUGCAAUGCUGUCCUGGAGGUUGUCGGAAAUCCCAGUGCUUUAACAUUGGCUUAUGAGCUCGUGCGUCCGUUUGGGCUCAUCAGUUCUGUUGGAGUUCAUCAGGAGCCCGCCAUGCCCUUCACUGGCCGCGAACUCUAUGACAAGAAUGUAUCGUUCGAUUUUGGCCGCUGUCCCGUACGCGCCAUGUUCCCUACUGCUCUCGAUAUUCUUUUGAAGCGACAGGAUAUCUUUGGAGACGUGGGCGGGGAAGCUAAUCUGGUUGAGAAAGUAGUUGGUUUGGAUGAAGCAGCAGAGAGCUAUGAGCUGUUCGACAAGGGGAAGUGCGGGAAAAUUCUAUUUAACCCGUGGAAAUAG